AUGGGCAGCGUUAGUCUUGUGUAGAACUAGAAUCAGUUUGUUUUUAAAUUUACAUUGGGGUGAUAUAUUCAGUAAGGCGAUCCAUUAAAUUUUCUAUUUUAUUAUAUGUAAAGUACCAUAAACUAGGCCCUUGAGUUAAACUAUCAUAGUGUUAAAGGCAAAAAAGUGGCAGAAAGUACGAAGAAUAGUACCUCUUCCUCUUACCUUUAUCAUGUUACAAAACCACUCGCCUAUCUUAUACUAUAACAAAGCGUUGUUCAAAUAUUUCUGUGCUUCCUAACCCUGAAAAUUUACUUGGAUUGGGGCACAGAAUUAUUUGAACAAUCUAAUAAAUAAUAAAUCACUGUACCAAAGCAUAUUUUACAAUUUACUGUAUCAAAAUAUAUUUGACGAUUUACUAUACCAAAAUAUAUUUUAUUUAUCAUAGUAGCUAAAUUCCCUUCGCAAACCCUUUUAUUUUCCCUGUAAAGAGUGUUAGGAUUGAGUCGUGACCUUUCUUAACCUUUAGCGGCCCAGCCAAUUGCAUAAUUAAGGUGAUGUCUUAUUUUGGGCACGGUCCAGGUUGUCGUGUUAUCUCUCUUCAUUAAUGCAUGGAUAAAAAGACGUGCCAGAUGACUGCUUCUGAAAUAACCAUUUGCCAUUAAAAUAUAGAUAAUUCCAUCUUGUUUUGCAGCAGAUGCCUUCACGGUCGCCUUCUCGCCUUCCAACGUGAAUUCGAUCCUCGUUCUUCUGAUUGGGGUCGGCGGCGGGUUUCUCUUUGUGGUCACGGGUAUCUACGUCUACUUCUUCUAUCUCAAACACAUCAAAAAGUGAGUUUUUCGGUGGUUUUUGGCAUUUUUCGGCUGUUUUUUGGCAUUAAAAUGCACUUUUUUUUUGGUUUUUAAUUAGCUUUAGUUGUUUUAGGUAACAUUUUCAAUAUUUUUUUAAUUAAACUAACACUUUUUGCAAAGGGUGUUGUUCUUUUAAAGGCUUAUAUAAUAUAUAAUGUUAUAUUGUUGUUACCUAAAACAAUAUUUUUUCGUUUUUUGAUCUAUUUUAGUUAUUUUAGGUAACAUUUUUAAUAUUUGAUUAAUUAGGUUAACAGUUUUAGCAAAGAGUGUUGUUCUUUUAGACUACUAGAUAAUUUUGAUUGUUUUUGUUGCCUAACACAAAAUUUUGUUACUUAAAAAAUAUUUUUGAUAUUAUUUUAGCCAUUUUUUAAAAUUAAAUUUUCAGGAUUCGAAAGCCCAAUGAGGCGCACCAAAGCCGACCAGUCCAGCCAACAAAGCUCUCGAGCCCUCUUCCCGACCCACUACCAACUCAAGACCACAUUGAUAUUGACAUAGAGAAGGACCCGGUGAAAGAAACCGACCAAGAUAUAUUAUCCAUUGACUUCCCAUUGGUCCAGAAACGCAGUUUCCAGAAUCCAGAUGCCGAAUUCUCGGAUUCCAGCUCAACUCGUCGCAACACCAUUGCCCAGUCCACAGCGAGUACGAUGUCGCGCGGCGAGGUGAUACGACGAGACACCUUGCCUCCCAACAUAGCCAAACCUCAGUAUACCACGCCCCAACAGUCAUAUCAGCUACAGGUCACCAAGCCCGCGGUAGUCAGGAGUUUCGAGUAUCUGAAUAAGACGCCGGAGCCAGAAGUCACUCGGUUAUCCUACGAUAAUUUGCAUAUUAAGAGGCCCGGGACGGGGCGCAAGCUGCCGAGUACUGAUUUUGCUGGGAGUCAACAACUUCAGGUAGGUUUAUGGCAACUUUAAAUGUAUUUGAAGUAUUUUAUAGUUAACAUAAUAUUUUUGAAGUUUAAAGUUUAAAACUUUAAAUUACAAAAAAAAGUUUAGGCCUAA